CCAUUCGACCAAUUUUGCCAGCAAGGAAUACAGUGAACGAUAUGAAUUCCUCAACCAGACCCUUGGAAAUUGAGUCCGCCCCGAGACAGCCGGCGGAAACCCUCACCUUAGCGGGGUCCCUCGAAGACUGCGCCUCAGGCAGCCUGCACAUAAGUACACAUCACGUGCACCUGCCAAGCCGUGAAAAGUAUCCGGCAGCUACGUCGACGUGUCCCUUUGGCUCCCAACCCUCGGAUCACCUUAAGCAGAGACACGUCCAUCGCCGGUUUCUCAUUUUGUACAGCGUGUAUUUAACCAAUUUGCUUCUUCCUUUUGUCUCCUCUUCAACUCCGCCAUUCGCGCUUUUUUUUGCAAGUUUUCUCUUCACUAUAGCGAUGUCUGCCCCAAUGGAUGACGUGGAAUUUACCACCGUCAAGUACAGUGAGACGCCAGCGCGCCGCCUUGAACAGUUGGGCUCCCAAUUCGGGAUUGAAACCACCACCAGCCCAGCGAUCAAGAACGCGCCGGCGCCAGCCGACGGUCCGGGGUCCAAGCACUUUUCCAACUGGGCCCUCGGGGGGUUCCUCGUGUUGAUCCCGGCCCUCAUAGCCCGCAAGUUGGGCGGUGGCCUCAAGACUUGGGUUUUCUUCACCCUUCUCUGUUUCUUCCCCUUGUUGAUGGCCUACUGGACCAUCUUGUCCACCUACUCCCCUCGCUUGAAUGAGCGCGUGCAAUUGCCAAACCGUCCGGUGGGUGACUAUUUGGAGUUCCACGACGAAGACUUGAAUAAGAAGUACGUUCUUUCCAACAACGGCCAGGGCUCCAAGCUCCCAAUGGAGACCUUCCACGAGUUGUACUUUGACGGCAAGGUCAGCUUCAAGGGUGACUGUUUGGAUGUCAUGGAGUACAGACAUGACUGGUGCACCUUCCGCUUCACCCUCUCCCUUUUCAGAUUCUUCAUCUGCGGGAUGAUCCCGGAAAUCAUCAUGCACACUCGUUCCCAGGAUGAGGAGCAGGUCCGUGACCACUACGACCGUGGUGACGACUUUUACGCCUGGUUCCUCGGCCCAAGAAUGAUCUACACCUCCGGUGUCAUCAGCGACAUUACCAAGGAGGAGACUUUGGAGCAAUUGCAGGACAACAAGUUGCGCAUUGUGUGUGAAAAAAUUGACUUGAAGCAAGGCGACCGUGUCCUCGACUUGGGCUGCGGCUGGGGUACUUUUGCCUCUUUCGCCUCCUCGCAGUACGGCGCUCGUGUCACCGGUAUCACCUUGGGCCGUAACCAGACCAAGUGGGGUAACACCCAGUUGCGCUCUUACGGCGUUGAGCAAUCCCAGUCCGAGAUCUUGUGCAUGGAUUACCGUGACACCCCGGUCCCAGAGGGUAAGUACAACAAAAUCACCUGUCUCGAGAUGUCCGAACACGUUGGGAUCAAGCACUUUGGCAGUUUCUUGCAGCAAGUCUACGACAUGUUGGAUGACGAUGGGCUUUUCUACUUGCAGUAUGCCGGUUUGCGUAAGUCUUGGCAGUACGAGGAUCUCGUUUGGGGUCUUUUCAUGAACAGAUACAUCUUCCCAGGUGCCGAUGCCUCUACUCCGUUGGACUUUGUCGUCUCCAAGUUGGAGAGUACUGGUUUUGAGGUUGUCUCCAUUGACAACAUCGGUGUCGAUUACUCCGCCACCUUGUGGAGAUGGUACCGUAACUGGAUGGGCAACAAGGAGAAGGCCGUCAACAAGUACGGUGCCAGAUGGUUCAGAAUCUGGGAGUACUUCUUGGCUUCUUCCACCAUCAUCUCCAGACAGGGUUCUGCUACUUGUUACCAGAUUGUUUUGAGAAAGAACUUGAACUCUUACCACCGCGUCAACUACAUUCCAGCCCAGCAGGGUUUGUCUGCUCCAUUGGAAAAGGGCACCAAGUGGUUCAAGGACUUUAAAUAGAUGAUUUGAGCUCGCGGGAGGGAAUUUCUUCCAAAAAUAAUUUGUAAUGAAUAUCUAAUAUCUAUUUCGUGAAU